AUGGCGCCACAGGACGAUAAUCGUCCAUCAACUUCGAUUCCAUUAACGCCGCAAGCGCCCUCAGAUUCGGGCUCGAGUUCCCCAACAUCAUCUAUAUCGACAUCUAACUCUGCCUCACAGGGCGAAAGCACACAAUCAGUCGAUGGGAAUCUGACCAAGCCAACAGCAGUAGGAACCGGGACAUCAACGCCAUCCUCGAGCACGGCAUCAAUCACGAGUAGUUCGAACUCAGCCGCGGCGGCAUCAUCAACCUCAGCAGAUAGUUCAACCACUGCUGCACCCGGCAGCAGCAGUGGUGGUAGCAAGGGUCUGGGGACAGGUGCAAUAGCAGGGAUUGCUGUGGCUGCCGUUGUCAUCGUCGCCGCUAUCGCUGGUUUCUUUCUAUGGAAGUUCUGUGCUGGUAAGAGGAGGAACCGACAGCGGGCUGCUGCUUAUGGACAGGCCAGGGUUGGAACACCUGGAAACAGCAAUCCCAGCCAGGUCGAAAAGGGUGCUCCUCUUGUGGGAGCAGUUGCCCCUGUAUACCGUGAUUCACCAUCUCCAGAGAGCCAAAACCCACUACCCCAACAAGCCGAUGAUGCUACCGUACAAUCACGAUUCUCGACACUUUAUGACCAGAUCGAAUUGCACGCUGAAAACUUUUACAAGGAUGCGAGUCCGAUGAUACCACCUUCGAUUGAAGGCUCCUUAUCACGUUAUGACACACCAAUUCUAGGAGCACCACUGGCCGCACGGUUGGAAGAAUCACCUCGUACCACAACAAUUCUGAAGCAUGUGCUUUCCUAUGAGAUUACAACCACGGUUGUGGAUCCUACAUCUGCGGAUCGCAGACGAAGCCUCCUGCCUACUCCGCUUUUAGCAUUAUUACAAGAAGUCCAAAGUCAGCAAUCUUCACAACAGGGCGGACGAAGAGGCCACCAAACAUCUGCCUACUCUCGCCUCAAACAACUUGCGGCCAGCUACCGCACAUCACCCCAAAGCAUACCGACGACCACCAGCUCCGCAACCCGCGAGGCCGCCUCCCACUUCACGAAAGUCUUCUCCCUGUGGGCGGACCCCCAAUACGACGAGGCUAGGCGGACCCAACAUCUCACUGAGGUGCUCGAUUCAGCCAUCAAGUUCUCCGUCUGGCUGCUCAGUCAACCCGAGACAUUUGAGUUACGCUGGGACGGCUCCUCCUCCGGCGCCACCAAUGCCUCUAGCUCCUCGACCAACGAUAAGGAGACCAGUAGCCUUGGUGAUCAUAGCCUUGUCACGGUGCCUGCAUUGGUCAAGGUCACGUCCAAUGGUGGAAAGCAGCACCUGUCGAGAAAUUCGGAGAAGGUCCUGUGCAAGCUUGUCAAGCGGCCGAUAUAA